CAAGGCAAGGCGCUGCACGGCGCCGCGCUCCUGCUGACUGUUUUGCCUAUCCGAGAAAUAUUCUCUCUCGCCCGCGACAAUGUCCUACAUAAGCACAUCGCCAUUCGUUCGACGGCUUUCGAUGCAUGUAUAAAGCCGUCGCCCUCGCUGCCCUCGUCCUCACCGUUGCAUACUAUCUCGCUCCGAUUCGCGUCGACGAUCUCCUCCACAUCGUCACAGACUCCGUACACCCGGUCAAUCCGUUCCAAUCCGCAAUGGCUGCUCCGAUCUCGAGGCAUGUUGUGAAGAAGCUCCUGGCCAUCGAGACGGCCGAGGGCGAGGGUGCCCUUGUGCGCCGCUCUAUCGGCAGCAUGAACCUACGAAACCUCACGCCGUUCCUCAUGCUCGACCACUUCCAUGUGUCCAAGGGGGCUGGCUUUCCGGAUCACCCCCACCGCGGCCAGGCAACCGUGACCUACAUGCUGGAGGGCUCGAGCCGGCACGAGGACUCUGCCGGUCACAAAGGCACGAUUGAGACGGGUGGUGUACAGUGGAUGUGUGCGGGUCGUGGAAUCAUCCAUGCAGAGAUGCCCGUGCAAGGCCCGGGCAUCCCAGAGCCUCGCGGUCUCCAGCUCUGGGUUGACUUGCCCAAGCAAUUCAAGAUGGUCGAGCCCUCAUACCAGGAGCUAGGUCCCGCAGAGAUCCCCGCAGCGUUCCCGGAAGGUCCGGAUGGCGGGGUCAAGAUUAAAGUCAUCAGCGGCAAGAGCCACGGCGUGGAGUCACCCGUCCGCCCGCUCGGCGGCUGCUGGUUCUUCCAUGUCAUCUUCGACAAGAAGGACAACUCUAUCUUCCAGGACAUCCCGGCGGGCUGGACGUCGUUCAUCUACACUUUCAAAGGAUCGCUGAAGGUUGGCGAAGAGCCCAACGCACAUGAAGCCUUCCAUACGCUAGUGCUUUCUGGGGACGCGAACGAGACUGGCGUGCAGCUCACGGCUCUGGAGGACAACACCGAAGCAGUCGUGAUUGCCGGCGAGCCGCUCGAGCAGACCGUCGUACAGUACGGACCCUUCGUCAUGACAAGCCGGCAAGAGAUCCAGCAGACGCUCCUGGACUGUAAGACGCGCAUCCGCGAGCACCCCAUCCUUGCAUUGACUGACGUUCUGCUUGCAGACCAAUUCGGCAAGAAUGGGUUCGAGAAAGCGCACACCUGGAAGAGCCUCAUCGGCGGCCGCUAGUAACAAGCUCCACUCUCCCGACGUCAACCGUCCGACAGUUGUUCGUACGCUUGUACAUCAGAAGACGACUCCGGAUCGCAUACCCUACUACAUAUAUUCAUGUCAAGGCCCCGAGUCAUACUUGUAUCCAUAGCUUACGUGCAAUAAGUUACAGUCGUCCUAUCUGAGUGUGAACGGCCCCCGCGCUGUCAUGGCGGCUCAAUGGAUCGAGCCCUGUCUGAGAAUGGUCGCGAGCGUAGCUGCAUAUCGCGCAGUUCGUGCCAGAGACUGCUCCUCCCCAUGUCACCGCCCGACGCAGUCGACCCCCCGCGUGCGCGCGACUUCGGCAGGUCAGCCUCCUUCCCGAACGCA